UUACAGCAACCAUCACCAAUGUACUUACUUUACUUUAAUUAUGUUUGUGACGUUCCAAAAUAGCAGCGUCUCCACGCACGCACGCAUCAGUUUGUGCGCGCGCGCGUGCGUAUGUGCGCGCCCCCCUACCCUCAGUCCGCUCCGUGAACGCCACAGUUCAAUACUCAUCCACUGGAGAGAGAGAGAGAGAGACACACACACACACACACACACACACAUCGGGAGACGCACGAAUCCGCAGGGAGAAAAAUGAACGUGGAGAGAAUAUUCGACGACCUCGGACAUUUCAACAGAUACCAGGCAUGUCUGUAUUUUGCAGUGGUCUUCCAGGCCAUUGCCUGUGGGAUCCACUACCUGGCCUCCGUUUUCCUGGUGGACACUCCCAACUUUGUGUGCAGCCCGCCCGGCAAUAUCACAGAUAUCCUGUACGGUAACCUGACGGCAUCCAGUCUGGAAGACAUCCUGCCGGCCUUCAAAUCGGGGACUGGGCCCCUGGUGGUGAGGACGGCUGAAGGAGAACAGUGGGAGCUCAGCCGCUGCCGCUGCGCCCUGCGCACCAGCCCCAGAGACUUCGCGUAUGACUUUGAUGGCAACAAAACAGUGAAAGCCUGUGAUGGAAACUUUGUUUUUGACCACACCGAAAUUCAACAAAGUAUCGUGACGGAGUGGGACUUGGUGUGUGAGAAGGAGUGGCUGGCCAAGCUGUGCCAGCCCACCUUCAUGCUGGGUGUGCUGAUCGGAGCGCUGGUGUUUGGGGACAUUGCUGACAGAGUUGGCCGUGUGAGGAUUCUGAUGAUCACCAGUCUCGGUCAGUUUGUGUUCGGCGUGGCUGUAGCGUUCUCUGGAAACUACUAUUUUUUUGUGUCCCUCCGCUUCCUCCUUGCAAUGGUGUCCAGUGGCUACCUUGUGGUGGUGUUUGUCUACGUCACGGAGUUCACCGGCAUCAGGGUACGCACGUGGACUUCUAUGCACGUGCACGCAGCCUUUGCAGUCGGGAUCAUGGUGGUGGCUCUGACGGGUUACCUGGUGCGGGUCUGGUGGAUCUACCAGAUCAUCCUCUCCCUCUGCACCUCGCCCUUCCUGCUUUUCUGCUGGAAGUUCCCCGAGACGCCCUUUUACUUGAUGGCAAAGGGCCGGUGCAAGGACGCCCAGACGCUGCUGGAUGCGAUAGCCCGCUUCAACGGCCUUGAAUGCAGGCUGAGGGCAGAUGAGCUCCUGGAGCCGGAGAAGAGGGAGAACGGCAGAGCUCUGCUGGAGCAGGGAGCGGACGAGCUGCCAGCGCAGACUGACAAGAAGCUGUCCAUCCUGGAUCUGUUUGGAAGCUGGAGGAUGGCGGGCCGUACGUGCACAGUGUGGGCUAUCUGGUUCAUCGGCAGCUUUGGCUACUAUGUUUUCUCUUUAGGAUCCGUCAAUCUAGGAGGAAACCAAUACAUUAACCUCUUCCUUGCUGGUGCAGUGGAGCUUCCCUCAUAUUUGGUUGGCUGUUACGCAAUGGACCGGAUUGGAAGGAAGAAUACUUGUGCCCCAGCUCUGCUACUGGCCGGGGUCGCCUGUAUGCUUAUCAUCGUGGUGCCUUCUGACAUCGAGGCCCUGGUCGUCGUUCUCAGCAUGACAGGGAAGUUUGCCAUCGCCAUUGCCUUUGGUCUCAUCUAUUUGUACACCUGUGAGCUUUAUCCAACCAUCAUCAGGUCUCUGGCAGUAGGUAGCGGCAGUAUGAUGUGCCGUGUUGGCAGUGUGGUGGCCCCCUUCUGUGUGUACCUGGCUGAUGUUUGGACCUUCCUACCUCAGCUCAUUGUGGGAAUCCUGGCAUUUAUUAUCGGAGUGCUGACGUUGCUGUUGCCUGAGACCCUGGGCAAACCUUUAACAACCACCUUGGGGGAAGCAGAAGCUCUGGGAAGCAAAAAAAAGGAUGGGUUGGAGAUGAACCAAUGUGAAAGCAAGGCCUGAGCUGAUACACUGCUGCAGACAGACACGCGGAGAGAAGCUUCAGAAAAACAGAAUGGAAGGAAGAUAGACAGAGGAGAUGGUGGCUGCAAGAUGGAAACAGUAACGCCGUUGAUUUAUUGGAUUGUGGGGAGAAAAAUUAUAGAAGAACAAGCUUUCAUAAGAACCUUUGUAAUGAUGCGUUUGAAGAGAUUUUGUACUGCAACCUCCCGUUUAGAUAUUACAGAAACACUUCUGCCUGAAUUCAGAUCUCAACAAUGAAACCAUCAGUCACGUAUACAGUAUGCGCAUGGUCUAUAACCCCUGUGUCCAUGGAAACAUGAAGGAUGUUAAAGGGUCAUUUCUGUUUAUGCAAAGUUCAGUAUUGCUUUUGUAGUUGUGGCCAUUAUCACUGUUAGUAAUGUCAAUAUUGAACUGUUUGCGGGGGUCUUGGAACACAGAACCAUCGCCAUAACAACAGUCAUACAGAAAGAUGAUCAGUCAGAUGUUGAGAUAUAAUAUAAUAUAUAUAUAUAUAAUAUAUUAUAUAUAAAUAAUUCAAAUGUUUUUCUUUAUUGGCAUGAUCUUUAUGAGAAUUGGGAGCAGAGCUAUGUCAAAAUAUUACAUUUGGAGAUCGUUUAAAACCUGUCUGAUCAUCUGGCUGCUCACUUUUCUUGUUCCCUAUUGGACUUCCUUUUAACGAUGUUGUUGUGUUUACCCAUUUCAGGCGACUGUAGUGAGUACAGUGUAAAUAUUACUGAUGACAGAACAACUUUAUGAUGAUGCCAAAUCUCCAACCCAGUGGUAACUUCUUUUACACAUACAUUGUAAUUCAUCCUGUAUAUUGUAGUAUCCCCAAAUUUAACAAUAACAUGUAUUAUUCUAAUAUCACAAAAGUGACUUAUUGUUUUAUUUUAAAGUUUAACCUUUUUUUGUCUAAAUCUCAGGGCAUCCACUGUCAGAUAUCACUUUGAAACUAUCAUUAUAUAGGUAUCUUAACUUAGCACUCUUUUGAUAUUAUCCUCAAUCCCAUCAUCUUAAAGAUACCAUUGUUAAGUGAUGUGAGUGCACUGUAUAUGUAUAAGUGCACGUGUGUAAGUUAAUGUCCUAGUUUUCUUCAUGCUUAUACUGGUCAUGAACUCUAGAUGCUGGGCACAAGGGAGGAAAAGCGUCUUGAGUAAAACUGCGUUAAUGUAUGUUCAAGAGUGGAGGUGUGAUCUCCUAUUGUUUGGACCAAAGACGGUAUGGAGUUGUAUCCACUGGCUUUGUAAUAUUGAAGUACACAACUAGCAUGUUUUUGUUUCAUAUUAAACCAUUGUGUUGUGUUUUAAUCUGAAGGAGUCCACUGGUUUCCUAACAGUGAUGACAUUUAAUGAAAAGGUGAUGGAAGUAUCGUCAUUCUGAAUCAACGCUUUGAUUUUUGAUUUUUUCUUUUUCUUUUUUAGUCUGUAUUAUUUUUAUUACAUCAUGGAAAAAUAAAUAAGAAACAGGCUAAAACAGAGGUUGUUGA